AUGAUGGCUGACGAACCGCGCCGUUCGGGUCGAGCCACGAAGGGCCAGCACAAGAGCCUCGAUAUCGAGCCACCGCAGAGCAAACGCAAGGGGAAAGGGCAGGGCAAGGGCCAGAAGCAAAGCUCACACGAACCCACGCCGCCGGCAUCCAACGAGGAAGAGGAAAUAAUUCGUUGUAUCUGCGGCGAAUACGAGGAGGAGGAAGAUGUGGAACGGGAUAUGAUAUGCUGCGACAAGUGCGCUGCCUGGCAACACAAUGACUGCAUGGGCCUCGUGUUCCCCAAGGGAGAGGAGCCUGCAGAAUACUUCUGCGAGAAGUGCAAGCCGGAGAACCAUAGAGAGCUGCUGGACAAGAUAAACCGCGGAGAGAAGCCAUGGGAGGAGGCAGCCACUAAAAGAGCCCAGGAGGCUGAAGAGAGAAAGGCUCGCAAAAAGAAGGGCGGGAAGAGGGGGAAGAAGGCUAGACAGAGCGAUGUUAAAUCGGAGCAUAGUGACGCGCCGACCGCAGCGAAAGAAGACAAACGAUCCCCGCCGAUGCAGCAGAAUAUCAUGGUGGCUGUUCCUCCUCACCCUGACCACAGUAUCACUCAGAAACGGAAACAUGAGGAGCAAGAAGACAGUAUAUCCCACGAACCAGGCCCUAAACAGAAACUGCAGAGACUAUCAACCAGCUUUCCAGCAUCGCCCCAAGAAGCCCGAAAUUCGCCCGUGCAAAACAGAAAGCCGAGUGCCACGAGCCCUAUGACACCCGGCCAAGACGCCAAAUCGAAAUCUCGUUCUGGGUCUACGGCAGGGAUAGACCAUCUGAUUGUAGCCAGGAGAAGCGCGGCAACUGCAUUGGCCAAAUUGAUCACUGACAUGGCUGCCACAGCAGCGAGUAACGGCACGUUUGCUAUCCCCUCAGGCAAGACGAAGGAGGAUGUUGGUGAAAAUCUUGGGACAGAGAUCGAAGAGUGCUUGUAUAAGAAUCUUUGCGGAUCCGCAGGGGAGCCCAAUGAUGCCUAUAAAAACCAACUGCGGACCAUCUUAUUUAAUAACAUGGCUAGUCAAGAGCUGCGUGAAAAGGACGAGGAAAUCAAACGGGAGGCUGAGAGGCAACAUACCAUCAUCCAAGAGCAGGGGCCUCGGAUUAGACGUACACAUAAGGGAGAGGAGUUAGUAGAGUCUGACCCCCAAACUGUUGGCACGGAAUCGGUAUUUUCUACCGCCCCAGCCCGUCGAGAUACCGGUACGGAGAGCGAGUUUCAGCCAGCCAUGAGCCCACGGCAUACCAGUCCUACCUCCCCUCAACGGCAAAGCUACUCGGACGGGACCUCUCGAGAAGCGAUUGAUACCUCAGGCGUUGACCCCAACCGCCGUACCUCUUCCAAUUUCAACAUUGAAAAUGUUUGGUCCAGCGUUCACUCCCCUGGUGCAUCCCACCCGGAGCAGCAGUUUGGCCCAGCAUCUUCGUUCAAUGAACCCCCAUCUAUGGUGAACAGAGUCCAGGAUGAUGCAGAGAUCGAUAACCUUUUAAAAGACGAGGCUGAUUCCCCGCCCUACUCGCCCAAGGAUUUCCAUGGAGACGGAGAUAUCUGGCAUGGCACCGUGGCCAUGAGUUCUGUUGCCGAUUUCUAUACCGCAGGUAAACACGUUGGCGGUGCUGAUCUCAGUGCAAGAAUCCCAUGGUCACAGCUCGUUCCUCCAACUAUAACGGUAGAUGGGCGAAUUGAUGUCCAGCUGGCAAGCAAUUACCUUUGUGGGCUGCGUUAUAGCCAUACCACUGACAUAUCGGUGCUUGCCCUCACGCAGCCCCAUGUGGCAAAUGAUGCUGUUCAAUUCAACAAACUGUUCGAUUAUUUCGUGGACCGAAAACGAUACGGUGUGAUUGGAAAACAUCCUCUGUCUGUGGUCAAGGAUGCAUAUCUCGUUCCCGUGGAGGCUGGGCACAGCAAAAAACCCGACUUCAUCGAGCUACUUGAGAACAAUCAAGUGGAAGACCCGACACCAACGCGGUUACUUCUUUUCGUCCUUGUUGUGAAAACGAACAAUAGCCAUUCUACUCCAUCACAUACCACUCCACAAGCUCCGUCUCGCAGUGCAGCCAGCCCGGUGCAGGCAGAGAACGAAUACAACCCCGUCGACCCCGGAGGGCUAGGCCUUAUGCAGGGCAAUAUUUCUACCUCAGGGAACAACGGCCAACAGGUUCAAUUCAAUAAUGGCCUGCCCCCUGCGCAGCCACCUACCCAGGGCAUGACAGGCCAACAAGCAGCUAACCAAGUCCUCGGCCCGCUAGCCUCGUCUCCUGCCAUUCAAGAACUACUCCAAAGAGCACCACUCGCAAGUAUUGAGCAGCUUAAUGUUAUUGCUGGCAUUCUCGCACAGAACCCACUUGCAGCCAAUGACUAUCAGCUUUUAAUGGGUGCUCUGUUUCAAGCAACAAACGGAGUGUCCCCUGCUUAA